AUGGUACCCACUGACAACUAUCUACCAUACCUAUUUAACAAUUAUGAAUCGCAGCAGAAAGGCAAAAUGGCGCGCAUAGCAAAAAUAACAGUCACAGGACAAGAAACACAAUUCCCCCUUUUCUACCCCAAAUUCACGGUUGCGCCGCCGUCAUUCUCCGUUGCCGUCGUUCCUCCGUCUUGCGCCACCGUCACGCUCUGUUCCUAUAGUGCCUCUGUCGCUCCUCAAGUUCGCGCCACUGUCUCUCCUGUUGCUCGCGCCGCCGUCGCUCCGCUGCUGCCGUGCCACCGUUGCUCCUCCUACGUUGGUCCUUCUCCGCUCUCUCUUACACAUGUCUUCUCUCUCUCAAUCGAGCUCACAAGAACUUUUUCUGUUAUUGUUACUGAACUUCCAAAUUCCAUUGUGACUAACUUAAGAGGAGCUGAACAUAUGUCACCAGCAGCACCUAAAUUCAAAGGAGUACAAGUUUUCACAUACAAGGAGAUAGAAGUGGCCACAAAUGGAUUCAGUGAAGCAAAUUUCAUUGGUAAUGGAGGGUUUGGUUUGAUGUACAGAGGAGUCCUAAGUGAUGGUACUUUGGCAGCAAUCAAGUUGCUACGCAGAGAAGGUAAGCAAGGGGAGCGUGCCUUCAGAGUAGAGGUGAGUUGA